ACUGAUUCGACAACCUCAGUCUGUAGCAAGCUUCAGAGAAAACUACUGUUGACCCACAGAUUUUCUCUCUGAAAUUCUUCCAUUUAAGCCUGUCACAGAAUACUUUAGCAGUGUUGAUAGCAUUUAUCUGAAGGCUGUUAGCCGAGCAUCUGAAUCACGUUCUAUAAUUCGCUGAAAAAAAAAUUAUUUAUAUUUCAAAAAUGGAGAUAGAAGAUGGAUGCUUUGGUGGUUUUCUAAGCUUUGCAGAGCUGGAGAGAUAUUUCAUCCAUGGUAAGUGUAAAUGUUGGCAGCAGAUUAUAUCCUACAAAGUAAGUUGAUAAUUUUCAAUCAGUCCUUCUUGAAAACAAACUCGAAAAUCAAAUUUCUUUGAUUUGGCGUUGAACUGAGCAAAACUUGGUUGCCAGCAUUUUUACCUUGACUGGAGUUGAUUACUGCCGUUUCGUUGUAACAUUUUUACAAUUAUGGGAUUGUGUAUCGUUUUAAUCAGUAAUAAAAAAGCAAAUACAACAUUGGGAAUACAUAUUCCCUCUAACUUUGAAAAUUGGCAACCUUUUGUCGUCUGUGGGUCAGUGACAUCAGGGGUUAUGUUUUUUUUUUAAUUUGGCUCUCUAUGAAAACGUUUCCUUUAAAGGAAAUCUUUCUAUGGCAAGAUGAAAUUUAAGGUAGUUUGAAAAAAGUUUAGUUACAUCAUACAGUGUCUUUUAGUUUGUCAACCCAUAUCAGAUUUUAAGAUUCCUUUACAACAAGUUCUUCAGCGAUAGUUUCAAAAUUUUUUGAUUUCUCAAGCGAUACCACCAUAAUUUUUUUUUAUGAAGACGUGAUUCUCAUGUAACAUUACACAGUAACCGAACAAAUGAUAUAGAAUUCCGCUCUUUCCGCUUGUUUGCACCGCAGCCAUUAAGGAUAUCCCACGAAAUCAGAUAUAAAGCUUUUCUCAGCACGCUACAAACGUUAUUUCAGCAAAAAUCGUAACCCCUUAUUAAGACGUUUGGCUUAAGAUAGACCACAUAAGAGUGAUAGCAAAUGUGAAUGAUACUGUGAACAAAACUGAAAUCUCGAGGACACAGUCAGACAACAAAAAAUUCGUUUGUGAAACAGAUUUUUCUCGUUUUUCCUUGUUUAGAGAUUGGUCCUCAUUCUUCAUGAUUGAUUAGCUUCUUAGUACUUAAAGGAUCAUAGGAUUUUCUUGUUAAACCAUCAACAAAAAUUUUUCCGGGACUCUUCAGGGUUUUGUUUACCCGAGAGUUUCACUUCUUCCGCGUACUAAGGCGAUGAAAGUAGGAUGAUUUCCUGUUCCACUACGUCAUAUCCUAUAGGUGUGCUUUUCCCUUGAUUUUCUGAGAAAAAAAACCAUCAGUCCGUAAUUUUUGUAUUCAAAUCACGUUAAGGUUCCUUUGCUUGAUACGUGUUAAUUAGCUAUUCGAGGUCGUCCAACUAGGGUUAAUAAAAACAUUGUGUCUACCCCGUGACUUAUACUGAUAACAAAGAUAGUUACACCUACUGUUCUGUCUUGUCAGUGGAAAAUCAUAAAGAAAAUGGUUUCAAAUUUAAGAAUGGAAGGUUCAAAAGAAAGCGUUAAGUUUGGGAAUGAAAGAGUAAAGGGCCGUUUUGCGAUGAGAAAGAGAAAGUGAAGCUGUUAAGGGAAGUAAAGGAAAAAAUCGAGCCACCAACAUGGAACCACAAUUUGCCCACAAAAGGGCGAGAAGUGUGGACAAAAAAGCUCUCUAUGAAACACCAAAUACCCUCAACUGAAUUACAAAGAAAUGACCAGUAGUUAUAGAGAGGAUGACUUUGCUGAUGAACGCAGUUGAGAGUAAACGGAUACUUUGGAAAAAUAACGAAAAGGAAAGAGGCUUUGAGCGUUUUAAUAAUCUAUUUCACUAUCGAUUGCGCUUAUAUUUUUCAAAGUAGAGGUUUUCUUUAUAUCAGUAUAAAUUAUCAUUCUUUGCAAUGCUCAAGUUUUAUUUCUGUACAAAUACGUCAUUGCUUUAAUUUUAAAGCUGCUGAAAACUAUGAAACGUAUCUGCUAGAGGACGAAAGGAAAUCCUCUUUCGCUCUAAUUAAAUCGCCAUGCGCAUUAACUGAUAUACCCAAUACUGCUCUAAUACUGAAACAACCAUUGUAUAAAGAAACACUUUUUUUACCCAAUUGCUGAAGGAAGUUUGCCGUUCGUGCUUAACAGGAACUCGGACAAAAGUAAACUAAAUCAGCGAGAUAUUAGCCCCGCAGACCGAGCUACCAAUUUAUUUAAGAUACGAAACAUUUUUUUAGGUCUUCGAGUGGGUUUUCAAAGAUUUGCCAACGGUUUAGUGAACAAGGAAUUUUCUUUAGAACGGAAUUAUGUCUUCGAGUAGAACCAACUAUCAAUAUUACAUUUAAUAUAUAACAAAGUCAGACCUUCUUAAACGUCUUACUCCCAUGCUAACCUAUUGUUAUUCUAAGUCAGUUUUACCACUUCCUGACGACGACUUACAAUACGCACUCCAACGCUUGCAGAUGGAGUCUAAGAUCGUAUCACUCUUCUUUAUACUUUUAUCUCAAGUACUUUAUUGUGUGUGACAGGAAAAUGUUCUUAAGAUAGGCCUGCACGCACUCUUAGGCUGCGCGAAAAACGAGCACCUUAAAUCUGCGGUCACCUUAAAAUGAUUCGUCACUUGAAUUGAAACGAACUGAGGUAGGCUUUUUUUGUAUCAAGCCAAGCUGUUCCUGUAAAAAAUAAUUUAUUUUGCUUGUGCAAAGAGAAAGAUAAAAGAAAAUUGUGGCCGUUGUUCAAAACGAUUACGACUUAUUUUACCCAUGACAUGUUAAUUUGCCACGCUCCACGCUUGAAUAAUUUAACUCAAAAUAAUACAGGUAAUUUAGUGUUAACAACUGGGUUGAAAACGUAAAUUAGCCACCAUUAGCCCUUCGUCAAUCGCUCUAACGAAGGGCUAACGCUCGAAACGUCAGCUUUUUUACCCUUUACGGUGGCUAAUUUACGUUUUCAACCCAGUUGUUAACACUAAAUUACCUGCUAUACUCUCCCACCGACGCAGCACCACAGUUUCUUUGGAAACUUACCCCUUUAUUCAAAAUAAUACAGUCGCGACGGGAAGACAUUCUGUGGGCUGAAGACUCUUUUGGAGAAUUCAGUUCUAAGUCGAUUCUAGAAUACAGUUGCACAAACGAUCAGUGCGAGAGCGGCAGAAACGAAAGAUAGCGCUAGUUACGAAGGUAAUUUUCAGUAUUCUAGGACGCGAAAGCUUAAGUGUUAUUUUCAGUUUGUAUAAUAGCUUGCAUGACUCUUUCGACUUUGCUGAUCCUUGCAGUUAGUAUACGAGGCGCGUGUCACGUAUGAACGUAUAAGUAUACAAGCAUUAAGUUCUCUGAAGCCUAGACAGGUAGAAUGUCGGAGCGCGGAAUCCGAAGGUCUAAGGUCCGAUUAAUUCUUCAUGGUAUACUGAAAUUAUUUCCGCAGCUUACAUUUUUCUUAUCAACUAUCUGAAACAUAUACGCUUUUAUUUGAGCGUUUUUACUGCAAAUCGACGAUCAAGUUGAAAUGUUGGCUACAAUCUUCGACAGAUAAUCACUUUAUGUUUGAGAGAAGGAAUAACUUAACGAAGGAACUGUCUAAGAGCCGUGAAAUGAGUUGGGAUAAUUUGUUAGGAGUGUGAGGCUGGGGUACCUAAUGUUCGCAGUAGAAGUGGCACUCUAGUUAUAAAGAGUUUCUAUCAUCGAAACAUCCUGUUGUUGAUGAUAUUUAACGGCGUUGCAAGUGGCUUACUUCUGAUUUAGCCAGUGCAACAUAGGGUUUAAGUAAUGAGAAUAAUAACCAUUGUUCCUUAUUAUUUUUCAUGGAUGGCUCAACCUAAGAUAUGAAUGGCUUGACCGUUGUAACCAAUUAUUUCCUAGAAACAGAUGUGAUUGAACUACCCGAAAUCUCUUUUAAUUCUUUUACCAAUUAUUAUUCAGCAAAUAGCUUCAAUAUACCGCUCAAGUAUUUUACUCAGAAUACCUUGUUCAUAGCAAUAUUUAAUAACAGUGCUUCCCAUGGAUAUUCCAUUUUUCCUUGGUUUAGAUAUUUCUUCCUGUAGCGUUGAUGUCACUUUGCAUUCAUUGCACUCCCCGGAAACUGUGACAUAACAAUCGUGACAACGCUUCCGGUUGAAUCGACUUCCUGUCUUCUUUGAGCACCAAGUUUAAGCCUUUUUUCUUCAGUUCUGGCUGACGCUCUCUGCAUAAUGGGUGAAUUUUAUUUUACCACUUUUGAAAAACCUUCGGUGCUUUUUGCAGUGAAUCUGGAAUAUUUUUGAGCCCAAUAAUGAAGAUCAGUUUAGAACUAACAGGAAGUGAUCCUGCAGUUUUUCCGGUUAACAAAACAAUCGUCACAAAUGACUUUUUUUAGACUUCCUGUCAUUCGCGUUACUAACGCUAAUAUUCUUUGCUGGUGGUAUUCGUGGAAAGGUGUCUUACUAGGUAGACAACAGAACAAUUCUGCAUCUUUUCAUUGUGAACUUACAGGAGUUGUCUGCAGGUUGAGUAGACAGCUGUUGCUCGUGGCAGGGAAACUUUCUAAGGGGACCGCAUGACAUUUCUCAGUAUUAAGAAAAACACAAGUGAGUCUGGAUGGCACGGUGCGCUCGCUGCCAGGGUCAUUACACUUUAUUGCUUGGUCUAUAGUUAAGCAUAUUUAUUUAGAGUGCAUUUAAUUAACAUUCUCGUGAAGCAAUUGUUCUAAUAACUUUCCUUUAGUCUUAAAUUAACUUAAUUUUUGUUCAAGGCUUUCUUCGUUCAAGGAUGAAAGAGUGAAUAACUCCAGCUGAAAAUGCUUUUAACCCGAAAUUCGUUUUGAACAACAACAAACAUACCUCGUCGUGGCGUGUACUUCUCAGUCUUCAAUUUUUACAAUGUCUCAACUAUUCCUCCUUAGUCAUCCGUACAUCAAUUACAUGAUUUGAUUCGUUUAUUAUUCACGAACAUUUGUACUCAGGGUAAGAAUUCCUUCAUGACCUGAGCUAAAUAAAGGAAUUUUCUUUGUUGCGUUCUUAGCUGAUGUAUUAUUUGUUUCAUUCGUAGACUACGAUCUGGAUGCAUUCAGGGACAUCAAACCAUUCCAAAUACCCAAGUCCAAAGAUUGUGAAAGGUACAGUGACCUACCGACUAACGGCUUCCUAAACUGGGCAGCAUGCCCACAGCCACCUCGUUAUGCCGAGAUGCCCCCUCCUCUCCAGCGCAUACAGACAAACAAUGCGGAAGAGGUUGUCUUUUUCAACGUGCAGAAGUGUUACGAAAAGGUCCAGUGCCGAAAGAACAAGAAAUCGAAACAGCGUGUCCAAGGGGCCACGAUCAAUUUACGAGUCACGACCGAUACACCCAUCUCUAAAGUAGAAGUGUACGUAGAGAGGCUACCAAAGGCUGCUGUUCUCUGCGGAGACAGCAAUGGUAGAGUCCCACUCAAACUUAAGAUGGAGAAUCUCAUGUAUUCUGAUGUAAGUAUUUAUUCUGUUGUAUUAUUGAAUAAAAAAGUGCGUUAUGUCAUUGCCCGGUUGUACUGGACGUGUAGACAAUGCCAUUUGAACAUGAUUUUUAAUUUUUUUUCUUCUUUAGAUAACAUACUAUAUCAAGGAAGUUAGGUUUAGGGUGAAAAAAGCUUGAAUAUUGUACAUUGACCUUGUCGAUAGAACCUGGGAAACAUAUAAAGCCAGUGGCGAGCUAGCAAAUAAUACACUAGUAACUCAUGGAACAUUACUAGUACUUGUUGUUACUCACCGUUUUGUUCUAUUGUGUCAUUCUGCUAUAAUAAAUUACAUUUUAGACAGGGAGCAUAUAGCCUUUAAUGACUAGAAGUCUUUCUCGGAAUUUUUCGCCAUCAAGCUUGCGGUGUCCUUAGGUGAAGUCUGGAGGAACUGUGAGCAUCAAAAUACUGCUUUCAUGCCCAGCUCUUCUAGACUUUACCUAGAGUCUUUUGCUUCUCUUUCUUCUUGGACAAUUUUAAUGGAACACUUGCCCCAAGUUUGGUAUAAAUCUAGUAUAGUUAGCUAUGGUUGUUAAGUUUGGAUAUUAGGUUUGUGUGGUUAGGUUAUGUGUAUUUACUGAUCCUUCUUUUUCUUUUUAUUUCUUGAAGAACUACCAGAGACAGGAUCAAUACUUCUCUGUUGACUUGGACUCUGUGUAUCAUAAUCCAAUCACCGGCUCUCCAGUAUACAAGCUGUCCACAGUGGACUCGGAAAGACGCAACCGCUUUUGGCUGUUAGCUUACAUUGUCUACGCCAAUGGACGUAAGAGUCAACCAUUUUACAGCGAACCUUUUUUGCUUAAAAGUAAGAGAAGCUGUAAGGCCUCUCCUUAUUAA